AUGGUUCGCCAAGAAACCGACGAAGCCAUUGAGUUACUGGAGGCUGCAAUCAACACAAGCCCAGAAUCGAGUCCCCAGACGGCAACCCUCCUCUACAAUCUUGCGCGUGUUCACCUUUUUAGGUUCCAUCGUCUCCGCGAUGGAAAAAGUCUUCGGCAGGCACAAGACCUGUUCUUCACCGCCUUGACGCAAAGGUGGGCUCUUGUCCACGUCCGAAUCCUAGCUGGGAGGGAGUUUCUGUCGCUGCCAGGCGUGUUCGACAGCCGCGAUCGCGAUCGUGCGGAGGCUGCAGUUGAAACUUAUGCCAAGCUCGUACCAGUAUCGAUCUCAUACUCUCUCAAUACCCAGGACAAGCAGCGCAUUCUUAGUCAAGCUCUCGGCAUCGGCUCAGAUUCGGCAGCGUCUGCUCUCCAUUUCGAUAAAAGCGCAUCCUAUGCCAUGACCCUACUCGAGACGGGUCGAGCGGUACCGUCAAGCUCACUCCUCAAUCUACGCGGAGGUGACAUUUCCAGUUUGAGCGAGUCUACUCCUGAGCUGGUAGAACAAUUCACCAAAAGCCGCGCUUUUCUUGACGAAAACAGUGCCAUGGCGCGCGCUUUGAGGGCAGUGGAAGAUAUCGAAAAUCACAGGUACCGUGUCGGGCUUAGGUGUCAAUAUGCCCGCCGGAUCUACGAGGACAAGCUGACCAGAGCGAUUGAGUCGAUUCGCAAGAAGCCAAUGUUUGAGGGCUUCAUGAGCCAUGCAACCGAGACUGAUAUGCUGCAUGCGGCAAAGGAUGGACCAAUUGUUGCACUAAAUGUUACCUCGCACCGCUGCAAUGCAUUGGUGAUUCAGGCGGACAAAGUAUCUAGUCUUGAACUGCCCAACCUCGAUAUCCAAUCCAUCCAAGCCCGCAGCUCAGAUCCACAGUCGGUCGAGACGCUCAGCUGGCUCUGGGACACCAUCGUCCUACCUGUGUUGGACUACCUCGGCUACCAUGGCCCCCCCGUUGGCACUGGCAACUUAGGCUCCAUGCCACACAUUUGGUGGAUUCCCACCGGCUCAGUGAUCGGAUUUCCCUUGCACGCUGCGGGCCAUCAUCUCCGCCGCAAUUCCGAGACACCCCUUGACAGGGUUGUGUCCUCGUACAGCCUGUGCGUCAACGUUCUCAUCCGUACCAGACAACAGCGUCGUGACCACCUAGCUGGCACACUGCGGUCGCAAAAGGCCCUCAUAGUUUCCGCACCGAGGCCACCGGGUCAGCAGGCACUCCACCACGCCGAAGAUGAGGCCAAGGUAGUUUGUCAGGUGUACCACUCUCAUGACUUCCCGCGAUACCACGGCGUUCAUGAUAUAGUCAAGAGACUCAAGUCAUGCUGCAUCUUACACUUUAUAGGACAUGGUAAAACCGACAAGCAAAAUCCCUUCGGAAGCGCUCUAAUCCUCGACAACGGCGACGAGCUGGUCAUUAACGAGCUGGUCGAGACCGCGCUCAACUCCAACCCUCCGUUCCUGGCCUACUUGUCCGCUUGCGGUACAGGCCGUGUAGGGAAUGAGACUGCGACGGAUGAGCUACAUCUCGCUGCCGCAUUCCAAGUUGCCGGGUUUCGACAUAUCAUCGCCACGCUCUGGGACGUCGAUGACCAGUUAUGUGUCUACAUGGCCAAGAAUGUGUAUACAUCUCUGGAAACAACAGAGCUGGACGAUGUCUCGGUUAGAACUGCGCUUCACGGUGCGGUCGUUGCUUUGAGAGAUGAGUGGGUCCAGCAAGAGGAGGAAGCCGGACGUGGAGGGACGAGGGGAGAUAGGAACCUUGAAUGUGCCAGGGGUCAUCGCGAGAGAAGGCAUUGUGGGUUCCAUAUGUACACUUUGGUGCUUGAAGCUGUGCACGAAAGGCGUUCAUGA